GCUGUGGGUCAGGAGCGAGGGGCCCCGGCAGAGCUGGGGGGCUGGGCCCCUCCGGCGCUGCAGAGCCGAGCGCUCUCCUUGGGGCUGCGCCUUUGCGGCUUGCACAACAAGUGUGUACGUGCCCCGCCUGCCCACAGCCCGUGUCAUCACCUCCCCACCCCCAGCUCGGCUGGAUUCCCCCACCCCACGGUUGCCCCACAAACCUUCCUGUUCCUCCUCCCCUCCCCUGGCCAGGGCCCGCCCUGGGCAGGGAUCCCAGCUCCCCAGUCUCCCUCCUCCAGCCCCGAGUGCCUGCAACCCCUCGGGAUGGCGUCCCAGCAGCUGCGGGCCCAGACCCUGCCCCUCUCCCCCGGGGCCCAGGAGCGGGACUGGCAGCAGCAGUUCGAAGGGGCCUGGGAGCUGGGCCGCAGGGGGGUCCCCCUGCCCAGGGACCCCGACUGGAAAGCCCUGUGCGAGCGCAAGCCCUUCGAGAGGAACCUACUGCAGAGCCCGAACCCCGAAGGUGUGAACAUUUCGGAGCCAGCUCCUCGCCAGCCACCCAACAGUCCCCGGGGGCCGCUGGAGUCCUUGGGUAAUUUCAGCGGCUGGGCCAUUAGCACCGAGGAGCUCCCUCCCCGGACGGGCGACAAGAAGCCCGGCUCUGCGGCUCCGCGCUUGAGCUGGUGCAUCAAACAGCAGCGGGUCGACCUGCUGGCCGAGGGGCUGUGGGAAGAGCUCCUGGACUCCUACCAGCCGAACAUCACCGUCAUGGACUGGUACGAAGACAGCCGGCUGGCCGAAACCGUGUACCAGCUGCACGUCCGGCUUCUGGCCGCCGACGGGCAGACGCCCCUGCGGGAAUUCCACCACCAGGGCCCCGAGCACGGGGCAUCCCGGGAGAAGAACUGGUGCCAUGUUUCCCAUGUUUUCCAUGGCUACGGCCCGGGAGCGCGCUACGUCCAUUUCCAGCACCGGACCUUGGACGCCGAGACGCCGGCCGGGCUCUGCCGCACCAGAGCGACAGACAGCAGCGUCUCCGUGCAGCUGCGGGACUGAUGGAUGGGCCGGCAGCCGGGGGGCGGGGGAGGGCGCGGUUCGGUUUCUGUUCUCCCGGGGUCUGACAGCAGUACCCAGGCAAAAGCCGGUGCUGGAUUCACUGGGAGCGGAGAGCCGUGGCCCCUCUCUGUGCCCUGGGGGCAAAGCGGGGACUGGGUGAGGCCUGUCAGGUCAGUCUCACUGCGGGGGGCUGGGAGCCAGGACUCCUGGGUUCUAUGCCCAGCUCUGGGAGGGGUGUGGGGGUCUAGUGGUUAGAGUGGGGGUGGGGCAGUCUGGGAGCCAGGACUCCUGGGUUCUAUGCCCAGCUCUGGGAAGGGAGUGGGGUCUCGUGGUUAGCCCUCCUGGUUUGCACUUCUGAUUCUGUCUGUGACACUGAGUCAAGGCAUGUCAGGUCUGUGCCUCAGUUUCCCCAGUUGCCCAGUGGGGUGAUAGUUGCAGGGGAACUGUGAGGCUGCAUUCAAGAUGGGACCUGAGCAGUGGCAUUAAAGAAUUUCUGGUGCUUCCUGUGA